AUGCCGACUAAUACCGAAGAAGGUUUUGCUACAAAAGCUAUUCAUGCUGGACAAGAUCCACUUCAAUGGAAUCAUUGCCCAGUUGUUGGACCAUUGGUUAUGUCAACGACUUUUCGGCAAGAUGAUGCUGCUGAACAUCGUGGAUAUGAGUACGGCAGAAGUGGAAACCCAACUCGCAACAUGCUGGAGACAUGCCUCGCUGCGAUAGAAAACGGCAAGCAUGCGCUGACCUUUGCAUCAGGUCUGGGUGCUAAUACAGCACUGGGAGCUUUAUUGGAAUCCGGAGACCACAUCCUGAGCGUCGACGACGUCUACGGCGGCACCAGCCGUUAUUUCAGAACCUGUCUUUCCAGAAAUAAAAUUGAGAUCACGUUCGCCGAUGGCACAAAUGUUAAAAAUUUCGUCAACUCCGUUAAAGAGAACACGAAGAUGGUAUGGAUUGAAACACCAACAAACCCGUUGCUUAAGAUCAUAGAUAUCCGUGCUAUUGUUGACGCUGUGAAAGCUAUUAGACCAGAUAUCAUUGUCGUAGUUGAUAACACUUUUCUCACUUGUUAUUUCCAAAAACCGCUAGAAUUAGGAGCUGAUUGUGUUUUGUACUCGUUGACGAAGUAUAUGAAUGGACAUUCGGAUAUUGUAAUGGGUGCAAUUAUUGUCCGGAGCGAUGAACUUGAAAAACGAUUGCGUUUUCUUCAAAAUGCACUUGGAAUUGUACCAUCACCAUUUGAUUGCUCACAAGUAAGCCGAAGUUUAAAGACCCUGGAAGUAAGAAUGAAACAGCACAUGGUAGCCGGAUUAGCUGUUGCUGAAUUUCUCGAAUCACAUCCUCAAGUCACCCGAGUAUUCCAUCCUCUUUUACCAUCACACCCACAAUAUGAGAUAGCGAAGAAACAAAUGUCAGGACACAGUGGUAUGGUGACGUUUUACUUGAAAGGCGACUCGCGUAAAUUCCUUAAAGCAUUAAAAAUAUUCAUGAUAGCCGAGUCACUUGGCGGGUAUGAGUCUCUCGCAGAAUUGCCGUCGGUAAUGACACACGCUUCGUUGACGCAAGAAGCGAGAGAUGAGUUGGGUAUCAACGACCAGCUGAUUCGUCUAUCAGUCGGACUAGAAACCCAGAGUGACUUGAUAGCCGAUUUGGAACAAGCAUUGAAAGCUUCUCAGUUGUAAAAAAUAUUUUUAUUUUUAUUUUUGUCCUCAAUCUCACAAUUUUUUUACAUCACAUUCAUUCCAAUCAAUAUUAUAAUUAUUGAUAUGAAUUUUUAAAAUUUUACAUCAAUAAUUGCCAUAACUUUCAUCACUUUUAUUAGCAAUAAAAAAAAAAAAAAAAAAGUGUCUUAUUAAAAAUAAUUGAAUAAUUAAUUAUUUUUUUAGCAAACAAAGAUAAAUAAUAUGCUCAAAUCUUAAAAUUUAGCUUUUAGUAUUCUGACAGUAUCAAUUAUACAAAUAUUUUAUCUAUAAUAAUAAUAAUAAUAAUUGUUAUUUAUACCCUCAUUAAUCAAGAUCAGUUAAAUUAAUACUGACAUUCCGAUUAUCCAGUUUGUUAUUGUGAUGGUUGAGUUGUUUGUAUCAAUUUAUACAUAAAAAAUAAAAUUAUGAUGAUAAAAAUUUUUUU